GGCAGGGCGGAGCCGUCAAUGCGCAGGCGCGGCGUCGCCCACCCACUCCGGCCUAGCGGCUCUGGGCCUGCGGCGGUCGCUGAGGGUUGGAACCCGGGACGUGGUCGCGGGCGCGCAGCCAGCAGCUCCCGGCCCUUGCCCCCCGGGCCCUGAGUACCGGCCUCGCCCCGAAGGAGGUGCCCGAGGCCUCCGUCCCGGCGGCGAUGCUGCCCCGUCAGCUGCUGGCGCGGCCCGCGUGGUUGUUCCGGUGUCCCCCAGGGCCGCGCGGGGCCUGUGCCCCGGGAGCCGCGGGUUCUUGGGGUCGGCUGGUUGGCCCCCUGGCCCGCAGGGGCUGCUGCUCCGCCCCCGGGACCCCGGAGGUGCCGCUGACCCGGGAGCGCUACCCCGUGCGGCGCUUGCCGUUCUCCACGGUGUCUGAGCAGGACCUGGCCGCCUUUGAGCGCAUCGUGCCCGGCGGGGUCGUCACGGACCCGGAGGCGCUGCAGGCUCCCAACGUGGACUGGAUACGGACGCUGCGAGGCUCUAGCAAGGUGCUGCUGAGGCCACGGACCUCGGAGGAGGUGUCCCACAUCCUCAGGCACUGCCACGAGAGGAACCUGGCCGUGAACCCGCAGGGGGGCAACACAGGCAUGGUGGGUGGCAGCGUCCCCGUCUUUGACGAGAUCAUCCUCUCCACUGCCCGCAUGAACAAGGUCCUCAGCUUCCACAGUGUGUCUGGAAUUCUGGUUUGCCAGGCGGGCUGCGUCCUGGAGGAGCUGAGCCACUACGUGGAGGAACGGGACUUUAUCAUGCCGCUGGACUUAGGAGCCAAGGGCAGCUGCCACAUCGGGGGAAACGUGGCAACCAACGCCGGGGGCCUGCGGUUUCUUCGAUACGGCUCACUGCAUGGGACUGUCCUGGGCCUGGAAGUGGUGUUGGCCGACGGCACCAUCCUGGACUGCCUGACCUCCCUGAGGAAGGACAACACGGGCUAUGACCUGAAGCAGCUGUUCAUCGGGUCGGAGGGCACUUUGGGGGUCAUCACUGCAGUGUCCAUCCUGUGUCCACCCAAGCCCAGGGCUGUGAACGUGGCUUUCCUCGUCACCUGUGUGCCACCUGCCUGUGGUCCUGGGAGCCCGAGGCCAGCCCGGCUGCCGCAUCCUGCUCUUCCUGCCUCCAGGUCUCAGAGAGGAGUCAGUCGCCUCUUUGUGCCGCACCCACAUCUAAACCGUGUAGAACAGGCCCCUGUGAGGAUGGCCCUGGGGUCCCGCGUGCUCGUGGGCUCAGUCCGGCUCUGCAGGGCCCUCUGGUCAGCCCUGGCUCCUGCCCUCCUGCAGCUGGGGCGACUUCCCACGUGGCACUCUUGUCCCACUUCCUGGGGCUUCCCACCCACUCUGAGCAAGAUGCCAAGUCCCCACCGCCAGACCCUCCAACACCACCGACACCUGCAGCCACUGCCAGACCCUCCAACACCACCGACACCUGCAGCCACUGCCAGACCCUCCAACACCACCGACACCUGCAUCACCGCCAGACCCUCCAACACCACCGACACCUGCAGCCACCGCCAGACCCUCCAACACCACCGACACCUGCAGCCACCGCCAGACCCUCCCACACCACCGACACCUCCCACAGCCGGCCCUCUGUGCGUCUGCAGCCACACCCCAUCAUGGCGCUUGGGUCACAGACCUCGAGGUAUUCCUGUGUCACCCAGUGCAGGCUGUCCAGGCUUUGCUGAGGUUCUGCAGACCUUCAGCACCUGCAAGGGGAUGCUGGGCGAGAUCCUGUCUGCAUUCGAGUUCAUGGAUGCUGUGUGCAUGCAACUGGUCGGGCGUUAUCUCCACCUGGCCAGCCCGGUACAAGAGAGUCCAUUUUACGUCCUCAUCGAGACUUCAGGCUCCAACGCAGGCCAUGAUGCUGAGAAGCUGGGCAGCUUCCUGGAGCACGCACUGGGCUCCGGCCUGGUGACCGACGGGACCAUGGCCACCGACCAGACGAAAGUCAAGAUGCUGUGGGCCCUGAGGGAAAGGAUCGCAGAGGCGCUGAGCCGAGACGGCUACGUGUACAAGUACGACCUCUCCCUCCCGGUGGAGCGACUCUACGACAUCGUGACUGACGUGCGCGCCCGCCUUGGCCCACAUGCCAAGCACGUGGUGGGCUACGGCCACCUGGGAGAUGGUAACCUGCACCUCAACGUGACGGCAGAGGCCUUCAGCCCGUCGCUCCUGGGCGCCCUGGAGCCCCACGUGUACGAGUGGACGGCCAGACAGCAGGGCAGUGUCAGCGCAGAGCAUGGCGUGGGCUUCAGGAAGAGAGAUGUGCUGGGCUACAGCAAGCCACCCGAGGCCCUGCAGCUUAUGCAGCAGCUCAAGGCCCUGCUGGACCCCAAAGGCAUCCUCAACCCCUACAAGACGCUGCCCAGCCAGGCCUGACGGCCACUCCCACUGCUGCCAAGGCCCGCUGGGGGUCAGCGGAUGGCUCUCGGGCGGGAGCGUUGGCAGUGGCUCUGAGUGAUGAGCCGGCAGUGGGCGGGGGACCAGGCACCUAGUCAGAGGUACUGGGAGCCCGCACUGGGGAACUGCUGGACACAGGCCCUCGGGCAGGAGCAUCUGGCAGAGCAGGGAACUCGGCAGGCAGGCUCCCUCCUUUGCAGGGCGAGGUGGGGCCUCUGCGGCCAUCCUGGACAGGCCAGGGUGGAAGCGGGGCUGGGUCUCACUUGCCUGGUGGUGGUCCCUGGCUCCACCUUGCCUGCUGCAGCCUGGGGAGCUGGCACUGGGUGGUUCUUCCGCCUAUUUGCUGCUGGUUCCCCGGGCAGUGUGUGGGCAGCGGGGGACUGUGGGCAGGACCACGCGGGCCGUGAUUGUGGGUUGCCGAGAUGACCGGAGCGCUAUGGCUCUGCUGAAUGGAGCCAGGUCCCUCAGGCCGUGGACGCCCUCAGGAGGGGUGACUGUGGCUUGUGUCUGGGCCUGAGUGACAGGAACGUGUCAUUUCCCCCGUCUUCUAGAGGCUGCCAGCUGGGAAGACAGUUAUCAGGGCGAGCUGUGCUCUGAGUCUCAGGUUCUGCUUCUGUGAGGAACGUGGUGCUGUGGGCGAGGGCCCCGGCGCAGACAGGAGCCACUGCAGAGUGCGUUUCUGCUCGUCAGCUGCCCCGGGUAGCGGAUGGGCUGGGCGAUGCAGCUGGACGCGUAUCUCUUUCUGUCAUGAACGUCCAGUAAAAAAUCUGAAUUGGUUACAACCUUC